AAGUAAUUAAGUAAACAUAAUUUUUUUUAUACUUUCUGGAUUGCCCUGUGGCUCGUGCUUUAUGGGAUCAUGUAGGUCUUGAACAUCUAGGAUAAGGACUCCCACGUCAUACCAUUCCUCUAUUCCUAAAUCGGCUAAUGGAUUGUAUUCAUCGACUACCGGUCUUUAUGGCGGUUGUUGCACUCCUUUGGCGGAUAUGGCGACCAUAAUUGGGUGGUUUUUUAGGGCAAGCAAUUUGGAAUACCUGCGCUGAUGCGCCAAUUCCACCAGCAGUAUCAGGAAUGGAGCCGCUUGCCGCUACCCCCUAGGGGUUGGCCACCAGUCCCACAGACUGAUUUGAGUAACGGCGGGGAUCCGAGCUCGGUCAUUUGCUUGUGGGAUGGGGCUACGCGUUGUGGGUUGCAUUCCGCGGGGGGUAUAGUUCUUCUGACGCCUAGUGGGCAGGUCCUUCUGGAAACUGGGGUUCAAUUUGAGGAUAUUGAUGAAUCCAUGCUUGUCGAGCUCAUUGCUCACCGAGAGGUUAUUCUUUGGUGUCUUGCGAAUGGCUUUGUGGAGGUUAGAUUCCAUGGGAAUGCCAAGGUUAUCAUCGAAAAAAUUCAACAAGCUUAUACUAGAGAUAGUCGUUUGGGGAUCAUUCUAGAGGACGUCUGCAGGUUAUUGGUUGCUCAUUCUGGGUUUAGUGUGCGAUAUGUAGGUCGGCGUAAUAAUAGGGAAGCCCAUUUGGUGGCUAGAAAGGCCAUCUCUUUGUACUCGACUUCAUGUAGUUCUUUUGCUUUCUUGUCCUGGUUAAAUUCUAGGGUGUAACGAUCUUUUUGCUCAAUCAAUAUAAUGAUUAUCUGUUGUAAAAAAAAAUUCUUAAAACUUACUGCUGAUAAGAGAACUUGUGAGUUAAAACAAACAAACAAACUCAGUUUUCAAUAAUCUAACUAAUAUCUAUCAUAAUGGGGCUAGAAACAUGGGAUUUGAUCCCAGGCAAUAGAAACGUAGUUAGGGAUGGCAACAUAAUUCGAACCCACGUGUACCCUACCAGACCCAAUUCGGUCAUCGCGGAUAAAAUCCACAUUGACGGAUUAUGAGUCAGGUGCGGGUUUAAACCCAUUUACUGUUUUAGGGGUUGGCUUGGGUUCAAGUUUAGCUAUAUCCAACCCACUCCAACCCGUACUCAUCCCCGGCCACAAAUCCCUUACCAAGUAUUGUUUGAAUGUGUACUUUGUGUUUUGGUUUUGGUUGGAGUUUUUUUAUAGUGAAUAGUUAACUAAGUUUAUGGUUUUGGUUGAAUUUAGAAUUUGGAAAGUGUGCUUUGCAUAUCUCUGUCCUGAAUGUGAUUGUGUUUUGAAUGAAUUUGGAAGAUGUGAAGUUACUUAUAGGAAUUUUAAUACUUGUUGUGAUAUGAUAUUGUUGGCUACCAUUUUUGCUCACUUCACUUGCUAUUUUAUUUGCUCACUUUAUUUAAUAUUUUAAGCAAUAUAUCUUCCUUAAGCAACUAAUCUUUCUUAUGUUUAUGGAGAUAUGUAUAAUUUGUUCUUUCUAAUUGUGUAGAAUGAAGUUUAUAUUAUGGAGUGGAGACUGAAGAAGCUUAUUUGAUGAGGAGGAAGAAGCUUUCAAUUAACCUGUUGUUUAUGGAUGUUUAUCUUAAAUGUUGAACAAUUUGUGUUUUGCUUGUAUGGUCUAGAUUGUUUUUUUAGAUAAUUUGUAUGAGAAGAAUGAUUGUAGACUUUUAUUUUAACGAGAACUUGUUAUUGUGCAUUUUUUGCCACAAAAACACAUGGGUAUCCAUAAACCCGCGGAUACCUAGCGUGUUGGGAUGAGUUUGAGUUUUCCAAACCCAAUGGAUUUUACCCCGGUGUUUUUGGUGGAUAUACCCAUGAAAAGCCCAAACUAGCCCAUUGCCAUCACUAAACGUAGCCCAUUCAGUUUCUCCUUGAUGGAUGACUUGUUGGGAAUCAAACUCCAGUCUCCUGGCCCUGGGUGAAAAAUAGCUGAAUCACUAAAGGUCACCCUAACUAAAAUAAUAAAUUACCUAUAUACCCUCCAAUUAAAUUUCGAAAUUUAGACAAACCAAACAAUCCCUAACUCCUCAAACCCAACCCCUCGUCUGCCUUCUUCCCGAAUCAGUCUCGGCGCACCAGGCCGCCGAAACCUUUCUCGUCGUCGUCGUCUCUCGUUCCCGACCAAAAUUUUCAAAAUAACACUCAACCUAAGGCAAGUUGCGGUUGGUCCAAGGUGCAACCGCAGCUCACUUGCGGUUCCACCAUGGGCCAACCGCAUGUCACUUGCGAUUACACCAUGGACAAACUGCAUGUCACUUGCCAUGGUGCAACUGCAAGUGACCUACAGUUCCCUUUUUUAAAAUAAUUUUUGGAGUGAAUUUUACCUCGUCGGAGUCUCUACUCAUGAUUCAGACGUCCUAUGGAAGAUUUUGGCUCCAGAAUGACAAUGGUGGAUUAUUUCUCUCUUGGAUAAUAUUUUUUUUUUCUUUGCUUAGCCUAAAUAGUAUUUGUUUGCUAUAGAGAAAGUAAAGAAGCUAAAAGGUCUAACAUUGAUAUUUUUUAGGGCGAUCUUUAGCAAUUUUAAUGACGACCUUUAGCAACUCUCAAAAUAGAUAUCCUAACCGCUGGACCAUAAUGGAAUCUAUGCAAGAUGUCUACAAAAUAUAUAAUAGCAAAACAUGAGUGACAUUUUCAGAGAUUUGAAAAUGGAGACCUCUGAGUGAUAUUUUCGGAUGUCCUCUUUCGUCAUUUCACACUUGUUAAAUGAAAUUGUGCGUUCAUU